AUGGCCUCCCAACAAGUGAAAGACGUUGCCGCCGAUCAGCUGAAGUGCUUCAAGGAUCUGAACCUGGGCGCCAAGUGUCAGCAAAAUGCCCCGAAGUACACCACCGUCACCGGGAAGGGCAUCGCCGACAAGGGCAACUCGCUGUCGGUGGGGCCGCGCGGCCCCCUCCUCCUGCAGGAUGUGCAGUUUCUGGAGGAGCUCGCCCAGUUCGACCGGGAGCGCAUUCCGGAGCGCGUGGUGCACGCCAAGGGCGCCGGCGCCUUUGGCUACCUCGAGGUGACCAGCGACGCGCUGAGCAAGUUCACCAAGGCGAAGCUCUUCAGCACGGUGGGCAAGCGCACCCCGCUGGCGAUUCGCUUCUCCACGGUGGGCGGCGAGGCGGGCAGCGCCGACACGGUGCGCGACCCGCGCGGCUUUGCCGUCAAGUUCUACACCGAAGAUGGCAACUGGGACCUGGUGGGCAACAACACGCCCAUCUUCUUCAUUCGCGACCCCAUUCUCUUUCCCUCCUUCAUUCACACGCAGAAGCGCAACCCGCAGACGCACCUGAAGGACGCCAACAUGACCUGGGACUUCUUCUCCCUCCGGCCGGAGACCACCCACCAGGUGUGCUUUCUCUACUCGGACCGGGGCAUUCCCGCCUCGUACCGCGAGAUGAACGGCUACGGCUCGCACACCUUCAAGCUGGUCAAUGAGGCAGGUGAGGCCGUCUACACCAAGUUUCACCUGAAGACGAAGCAGGGCAUUCGCUGCCACGAUGUGGCCACCGCGGGCCGACUUGCUGGCGACGACCCCGAUCACACCACGCGUGAUCUGUUCAACGCCAUCGCCAACAAGAACUACCCCAAGUGGGCGAUGUACGUGCAGAUUAUGACCUUUGAGCAGGCGGAGAAGUUCAAGUACAAUCCCUUUGAUCUGACCAAGGUCUGGUCGCACAAGGACUUUCCGCUGAUUGAGGUCGGCGAGGUGGUGCUGGACCGUAAUGCGGAGAACUACUUUGCCGAGAUUGAGCAGCUCGCCUUCUCGCCGGCGAACAUGAUUGCCGGCAUUGAGCCGUCGCCGGACAAGAUGCUCCAGGGACGGCUCUUCUCCUACAGCGACACGCACCGCCACCGCCUGGGCGCCAACUUUCACCAGAUUCCGGUGAACCGUCCCCGGUGCCCGGUGAUGCACCCCACUCUGCGCGACGGUCCUGGCUGCUUCACUGACAACGGCGGCGCUCUGCCCAACUACUACCCGAACUCCUUUGCCGGCUUGGUGGGCGACAGCAGCUGCAAGGAGGCCUGCCAGAAGGUGGCCGGUGAUGUGCAGCGUCACGACAGCGCCAAUGACGACAACUUCGAGCAGGUGACCAGCUUCUGGACUAAUGUGCUCAGCCCCGAGGAGCGAGACCGCCUGGUGGCCAACAUUGCCGGCCACCUGGCCCAGGUGACCGUGCCGGCCAUUGUCGAGCGCUCGGUGGCCAACUUUGAGAAGGUCCACGUGGACUUUGGCGCCAAGCUGCGCCUCGCCCUAAACCUCGUUAAGGUAAGUGCCAGUGCAGGCCGUUGA